AUGGUAGCUGAAAUCUUUACAAAACUGAUGAAACAAGCAGUGGAAUUGAACAUGACCUCUGGAUUUUCCAUCAACAACAAGAUCAGUGUGUCUUAUUUACAGUAUGUUGAUGACACUAUAGUGUUAUUAAAUGGCACAGUUGAGGAAGCUGAAAAUUUGUUAAUUGUGUUACAAGUUUUUGAAGGCGUUACAGGAUUGCUAGUGAACCUGACUAAGAUCUCAGUGAUAAGCAUUGGAGCAAAUCAUAAUCUUCAAGAUGUUGCUGAGAUCCUACACUGCAAGAUUGAAGAUUUUCCCCUCAAAUACUUGGGUCUUCCAGUUGGAGCUACAUGCAGAAAUUUUAAAGUAGAAAAGAAACUUAUUCAAAUAAUGAGAGCAUUCUUAUGGGGCACUUCAGCUGGAAAAAAGAAAAUUAAUUGGAUUGCAUGGAAAAGAGCUUGUAUUCCAAAGAAGGCAGGAGGACUUGGCAUUAGAAAUCUCAAGCAAACAAACAGAGCUCUUAUUGCUAAAUGGACUUAG